GCGUGGCUGAGGACCCGGCUGAUGAACGAGAGCGCGCGUACUGUGCACUUGCAGGAGAUACAGAGGAGCCGCUUGCACGAGCAUUGCUCAGGAGCUGAACAAAAGCGGCCAUUCACCGAGGAGGAAGCCGGCACCGCUACAAAGAAGGAGCUGUUCUCUCUGCUGCAGGGAUUUCAAAAACGAUAAAAAUGCUGGACACCGCAAACACCCAGUAUGAUUCCUUCCUGUUCUGGAGGCAGCCAAUCCCGGAGCUCGACCUGUCAGAGCUGGAGGGCCUGGGAUUGGCCGACAGCGUGUCAGCCAAGGUCAGCAAGGCGGAGAAAAAGCAGAAGGGCGCCCAGAAGGCCCACCAAUGGGAGGGGAGAGAUGAGGAGGCGGAGCUAUCUGAGUACAACUCCUUCAACUACUGGAGAGAGCCAAUCGCCAGCAUCGACUCGCUGGAUUUCAACCUGCUGCUGUAAGGCCUCCCACGGCCACCAUCUCUGAUCCCGCCUGGAUAAGACCACGCCUUUUGUCUAGUUUCUGGCCUGUUGUAUAAGAACUAUAGAAUCUGCAUCGGUCCGAACUAUUAUAUUACAGUAGUUGUGAGGAACUGUCUUGGAAAAAAAAAAAAAGGUACAGCUACAGUGUUAGAAAUCAGCUGGUUUAAUACACAGAACAGGGCUCCCUGGUAGUGUCCUCCAACUAAGUGUGUGAAGUUCUGUCCAGUUUGACCACGUCAUGUUGCAUGUCUGCAAUAGACCUUUUCUGAGAACCUACACUUAGUUCAUCUGUGCACGGGUGUAAAUUCCUGAAAA